AAUUUUAAUAAAAAAAAUAAAGGAAGUGAGCCGCGUGCGGUGAACGGAUAUAAGGUCAUACUCGGUUGUCCUUGGUUGUCCUGUUCUACCUCUCCUAUCGCGACUUCUUUAUGUUCAUAAGCGGACUUACCAGAGCUGAUACGUUCAGUCGUCGCUAAGCUGUCAAAGUGUGAGGUCGAGUUUUGGAGUAUUUUAUCUCUUCUCCGAUUCAGUUGAGUUUAAUUGGCUAUCAGCCAAGCACCGCAUUUACGUCAUCCUGAUAUUCAACUGGAUUUUAAUAGUAUCUCCUGCCUUUCAAUUUAUUCGCCCGAGUAUCCAUUACGCCAGCUCUUAUUUUUUUUAUUAAUUGCUACCAAAGGCAAUCAAAAAAGUAUGCCGUGCCCAUUCUUAAAACGCUUAUCGGCGAAUUACAUUCGCAAUUAUGGCGCAUCUGUCAUAAUGAAUUAUCGACAACUUUGCCCAUAUAUGUCUCAAUUCUCCAAUACGGCGGAAGAGCCAACCGAGACUUUACAGACUCGGGAGGUCAUAGGGAGCCAAUGUCCAUUUUUGGCUAAAGAACAGAACGCUGUAAAAGUGGCUAGCCCUGUGGUAGAAGAAGAUGUUACUAACGUGGUAAAUCCCCAAUCAACUGAAGAACCAAAUUUCGCAUACGAAGAAUUCUUUCAUGAACAAAUCAUCAAGAAGAAAAAAGACCAUUCAUAUAGAGUCUUUAAGAAAGUAAAUCGGCUGGCUCAGGACUUUCCAACUGCAAUGGAAUAUUCUUGGGGACCAAAGCCAAUUACUGUUUGGUGCUCUAAUGAUUAUUUAGGGAUGUCGCGUCAUCCUGCAGUAACGAAUUCUGUUCGAGAAGCAUUGGAUAAAUUUGGUGCAGGAGCUGGAGGAACAAGAAACAUAUCUGGCAACACGGUUGGUCAUGAAAUGUUAGAGAAGAGAUUAGCCUCCUUACACCAAAAAGAGGCUGGCUUAUUAUUUACUUCUUGUUUUGUUGCCAAUGACUCCACUCUGUAUACGUUAGCAAAACUUUUACCAGAUUGCCAUAUUUUUUCUGAUGCUGGCAAUCACGCAUCUAUGAUUCAGGGUAUAAGAAAUAGCGGAGUACCGAAACAUAUCUUUAGGCACAACGAUGUACAACAUCUUGAAGAACUUCUUUCAAAAAUAGAUAAAAAGGUGCCAAAGAUUGUGGCAUUCGAAACGGUACAUUCUAUGACCGGCGAUAUAUGUCCUUUGGAAGAGUUGUGCGACGUCGCCCGUAAAUACGGUGCCUUGACAUUCGUAGAUGAAGUUCAUGCUGUUGGUUUGUAUGGCUAUUCGGGUGCUGGUAUCGGAGAGAGAGAUUGGGUACUUCAUAAAAUGGAUAUUAUUUCUGGUACUCUGGGCAAAGCAUUUGGCAAUAUUGGUGGCUACAUUGUUGGUUCUACAAAAUUGAUAGAUAUGAUUAGAAGUUAUGCCGCAGGCUUUAUUUUUACAACUUCUCUACCACCGACGGUAUUAUACGGUGCCUUGACUGCUGUUGAAAUUUUAGCCUCGGACGAAGGAAGAUUGUUAAGAGCUACUCAUCAGAAAAAUGUAUCUUACAUGAAAUCUAUUUUAACCGCCGCGGGUCUUCCGGUAGAACCGUCACCAUCGCACAUUAUUCCUAUAAAAAUCGGAGAUCCAUUACUGUGCAAUCAAUUAGCUGAUUCUUUGAUUAAGGAGAAAGGUCACUAUGUCCAAGCGAUUAAUUAUCCAACAGUUCCAAAGGGAGAAGAAAAAUUAAGGCUGGCUCCUACUCCAAAGCAUACUAAAUCGAUGAUGGAUCAAUUUCUGAAAGACACGUUGGAUGCCUUUAAUCGUCUGAACAUACCAAAGUCAAAGAGCAAACCAGUCCAAGUUCCACGCACAAUUUUAGUUCAUUGACGAAUAUAAUAUAAUAGAAUAUAAAUAUAUAAUAUAGCAUAUAAUAGGAGAGAAAUCUAUAUCAGGAUAUAGAUUCUAUAUGAUGUAAAUGUUCCCUAUUUAUAUACACAAAUUUUAUUUUAUUUUAUUUUAUUUAUUUAUAUGCGUAAAUUAUGCCGUUGAUCAAGCAUUUAACUAUUGAAAUGAUGAAAAUUAAUCAAAAGUAUUUUAAUCUGUAACGUUUUCAAAUAAAAUGUUAUCAAACGAUAA